UGUGUGUCGUGUCUUUAGUUUGACGCCUGCGCACUCGAAAGACCGUCUUCUUUGUUUCAGCUAUGGAAUCGACAAUUUGGAAGCUUCUAGAACUCGACGUGCAACCUUCUAGCAAGUUGUCUUCUUGAAUAAACCCCAACAACAUUUUAUGCCUAAUGGAUUUUUCAAAACUAUUUCAACACCAGCUCUUAUAACACCAAGGAAAGAAGAUGCCAGCACGAGAGGCCUAUAUCAUGUUGGUGGGGAUCCUAAUGGCUACUUGCCGAGAAGUAAGCGGCGUCGUCGUCCAUGCAACCGUGGAUCUAGGAGGGGGACAAACGGAAUUGCUGCAGAUGCUUUUGAAAAAGAUUGACACUAUGGUCAGUAAAGAACAAGAGGACACUAAGAUAAUUGCAACAGAGGGUUCAGAAUUGGCAGAUACCCUACUGCUGGCCUCUUCAUCGGUCACAAUCAAGGGUAACAUCACCGAUCACGACAGACGAUUGACUCUUACCUUCACACUACAGGCGUCCAGGUCAGACCACAGCUCUGCCACCGCCAUGAUAGAUGCUGAUGACGAAGACGCCGAAGAAGAUGAUGAGUGGCGAUGCUGCAGCUCCAGCGGCGUGCUGACUCCGAUAGUGGACGUCGUGGAGCCAUACUUCCUCGGCUUCGUGGAGCUCGUGGUCAACGGCAUCCUCAGCACAGUGAUCAGCAACUUUCUAGACGGCAGCAAUCUUCUGGGGGACGUCAGAUUAGUUUGAACCGUUCUACUCUAUAACUUGCUGUAGGGGUCUAAAAAUAACUAUUGAUUAGGAAUCCUAAAUAAGUUUAUAUCAAUCUACCCGAUGUAUCUUCCAAAUCUUAUGGAUUGGCUGAAGAAAAUUUAAAUUUUUAAAAGCUAUUUUCGUCGUCACAUUUAAAAAUGUAAAUGGGUCAGAUGAAGACAAUUUAAUGUACUUUACGUUCGGUAACGCCUACAUGUUUUGGUGUCUUCUCUUCGU